AACCACCCCUUUUUCUCCAACAUUUUUAUCCCCCAACUUUCUCACACAAACAUUCAUUCUCUCUCUCUCUCUCUCUCUCUCUCUCACUCUCUUUCUCUCACAAGAAGCUCCAUUUCUUCUUCUGAGCUCAGAUCUCUUUCUCUUGUCAAAUCAAUGGCUCUGAUGAUAGACAAUUGUGAGGGCAUAUUGCUCUCCCUGGACUCGCACAAGUCGGUGCCGGCUCCCUUCCUUACCAAAACGUACCAGCUCGUGGAUGAUCCGGCCACCGACCACAUCGUCUCGUGGGGCGAAGACGACGCCACCUUCGUCGUUUGGCGCCCUCCCGAGUUCGCCCGUGACCUCCUCCCUAACUACUUCAAGCACAACAACUUCUCCAGCUUCGUUCGCCAGCUCAACACCUACGGUUUUAGGAAGAUUGUACCGGACAGAUGGGAGUUUGCGAACGAGUUCUUCAAGAAAGGAGAGAAGCAUUUGCUCUGUGAGAUCCAUAGAAGAAAGACAGCUCAGCCUCAUCAGGUGGGUUUCAGCCACCACCACCACCACCACCACAACCCGCAUUCUCCUCUCGGCAUCAACGGCCACCAUCAUCCGAGCUUCUUCCCCUUCCCGAGUCGUGGCAGCAUCUCCCCCUCCGACUCGGACGAGCCGCCCAACUGGUGUGACUCGGACUCACCACCUCUCCCAUCCCCAACCGGAGGUAUUAACAAUCACAACAACAACAAUAAUAAUUUUAUGAAUAUUAAUAAUGCGUCAGUGACGGGCUUGGCGGAGGACAAUGAAAGGCUGCGACGGAGCAACUCCGUGCUGAUGUCAGAGCUAGCCCACAUGAGAAAACUCUACAACGACAUCAUCUACUUUGUUCAGAACCAUGUCAAGCCUGUGGCUCCAAGCAAUUCCUACCCUUCUUCUUUGCUUCUCUGUAACCCUCCUCCGAAUUCCAUGGCUCCAGCUGCUACUGCUACUAAGCCUAGUAAUUUCAACCAGCUUCUUGGGUACUAUCCAGCUCCUCCUACAAAUGCUAAGCAAACCCCUCACAUGUCUACGACGACCCACCAUCAUGUUAUGAACUCUUCCAGCCCGAGCAACACCACGUCCAAGAGCAGCUCAGUGACGAUUCUUGAGGACCAGCAACAACCCAGUAGCAAUGGGUGCAAAAACACCAAGCUGUUUGGGGUGCCGCUGCUUCACUCGAAGAAGCGGUUGCACCCGGAGGAGUAUGGCUCGAACCAUGGGACCAGCAUGAUGGAGGCCAGCAAGGCUCGUCUGAUUUUGGAAAAAGAUGACUUAGGUCUCCAUCUCAUGCCUCCCUCCGCAUGUUAACUGAGCUACUUAUUAUUAGUUUGCUUUCCUCCUCACUCAUCAAAUCCCACAUUCAAAACUUCGAAAGGUUAUAUCUUUUUUGAUAUUUUACAUUUUUUUUUCCUUCUUCUAGUUUUUCUUGGUUGAUUGUAUUUUGGGUCUGAUGAGAUGGAGUCAGAUGAUCGAUAUUGUUGAUGAUCAAAAGUAUUAUGUGUGUGCGUGCGUUUGGGUGUUUGUGAUCGACGGCUACUACUACUCUGAUCUGUAUAUAUAACUUUAGUGAAGAUGUUAAAUUUGGAGUUGAAGUUCAAAAUGGCCAUGUUUUUGUUUUAGCUGA